AUGUCCCGUCGACAAUCAACCAAAUCAGCAGAAAGCCACCCGCAUAUCUCAGCCAGCAAAAGCUUCGUCCUAGUCCCGCGUCUUGGCGAUGGCCUCAAUGAGGAAGCAGAGGACGAUGAGAUGUUCAAUGUCAGAGAUGAAGAACACCAGAUCGGCAAACUGCUCAAGCUGAUCGAACCCGAUUACCUUCGCCAAAGGUUAGAGCCUUCAGUCACCGAAGUCCAUCUAAAAACCGCGAUUUCCGACAGCAAACAAGAGAUCAGGAGCCUUGCACAUCAACUUGAAUCGAUUGACACCUUGGUUGGCGACUUGGCAGAAUUCAAUAAUACUCCGACCGGGGAUCAGCUUUUGAAAGACUGCGACCAACACGCAAGAGAUUUGAUCGAGGCUAUCCAGUUGGUCGAGUUUCGGCAGAAAGAACUGGAAGACCUUCGUGAACGCGUUCACCGUUCUACCUCUAACCAGCCCAUCGAUACUCACGACCAGCUUUGUAAAAAAAUAUCCGCCCAACUCGUCCAGUGGGAAUCGCUCACCCUCAGACAGAAGUUUGCUCAAAAUAAACGCUACAAAGCAUUUCGAGACAGAAUAUGGGAAGUGACUGGGGAAGACGGCGCCAUGCCUCCCGUGAAGACCUUUCUUCCAGCUGCGCCGGGCGAAGAAGAUGAAGAUGAUUCGUCGGGGGACGAGCUCGAGAUCGCAGGAGGCAAGCAGAAUUACAAGUGUCCACUCUGUAUAGGCUUUUUGAAGCGGCCGGUGGUUUCGCAACAAUGCCAGCACACGUUCUGCAAAGAAUGUUUCGACUCGUAUCUAGAACAGAACCACGCGACUGUGAUGGUUUGUCCGAAUUCGGGAUGCUCGACCAUGAUCCAUAAAUCGUCGGUCAAAGAGGACGAAGCCUUGGCCGCUAGGGUCCGUCAGUUCCGGAGACGCGCCGAGCGUAGAGAAGAUAGCGAGGUCUAUGUCGACGAAAGGCAGACUCAAACAGGCACUCUCGACCUGACCGGAGAAGAAGAGUCCAAAGACCAUCUCAACGGUCGUCGCAAACCAACUGCUUCUCAAAAGAAACGACGCGUGGUGGUCGACGACGACGACGACGACGAAUGA